CUGUUUCUCCCUCUCAGUCUGGCCCAGAGCACUGACAAAUCGCUUUUGUAGCUGCAUCGCCUCCUUGGCAGUUGUCUAUCUAUCUACUUUCUACUUCAUCUGUCUUUUUGGCUUCUUACCUUCCACUGUGAUUUUGUUGUUGCCAAAAUGUACCAGGACCCGUGGAUCUCGAAUUAUCCAAGUCACUCUAGGUUUGGCAGCCAAGGACUUGGGAGUGACUGCCACAUGAAACCUUGCAAUCCUCGACUUCUACAGAAGAGAGCUUUGAGUUUUCACAAGGAAUUCUCAUUUGAAGAAAAAGGUGACCCAGCCAAAGGGACCAAUAAUAUCGAUAGCACUCUCCUUGCUAAUCUUCCAAAGGUGUCUGAAUUGAGAAAGCGAUUUGAGGGCAUUGCUACAUCCACACAUGGCUGGGAAAUGAACAGGAAGGAACGUAUUGCUCAAGAGUUAGAGGGAAUGGAUGGCAACAUGUGCGGCUUGGUGGCCAAACGACUUCUGGAAGAGGACAUGUUACGACACACACGGGUCUCUGAUGCAUGUGUGCCCCGUGGUGUUCAACAGUACGGUAUGGAGGGACUAGAAAAAACAAAAAUGUGCCAAACAGCAUCAGACCAGCUGUCCCAAAGUCAUCAUCAGUCCCCCAUCAACAAAGAGCCAGUUUAUGGUUCAGGCUGUACUGCCUCAGAGCGAGAAUCCAAGGAUGAACGCAUUGCCCGCUACAAAACAGAGCGGCAUCGGCAACUGGCUGAUCACUAUGGCAUUGUCUGGGGUCAGGAGUUCAAAAUGGAUGAGUCCUCCAGAGGCAGUAGUGGGCAGAAAGAUCGUGAUGACACAGAAAAAUGCAACACUGGGGAUUUUCAUGGAGAAAAAGUUCAAAAUUCCCACACCAACACCUCAGCCACUGGCACAAAAGCAGGACACGAGGUCUACCAGCACAGCCACCCUGACCCAGACUAUGAACCAAGCUGGUCCAAGGGGUACUCAGACAGAGAGCGGUUGAUGAACCUGGAGAACCAAUGCAAGGCUCAGCAAGACAGCGACGCUCUCCCUGAGCCACCAUGUGCUCCUUUAUAUAUGGAUGUAUCAUCAUCAAGUAAACCUGUGGGACAUCCUGUGGGCCUGUUUACUGAGGAGCAGAGCUACGACAUCCUCAGUCCACAGACAAUUAGAGUUAAGGAGACGCCUGCCAUGGAUGGGAGCCACCUGAUGGGACCAGAACUGGUAAACAUCAGAGAAGCCCUGAUAUACUCCAAACCAGCUCAACAACCCUUUAACCAUUACCAGCUAGAGACACCAGGCCUCCAGUUAGGCUACUACCAGCCUCAGAGCCACAAAACAGAGCCACCUGGAGGGCAGGAAGAUGGUGAUUAUCACUAUCUGUCAGUGUCCUCUGCACCUGUAUCCAGAGCUGGGCAGCAUCAACUGACACAGGAUGAAGAGAAUAAAUACUCCAGCCGUAUAAAGAUGAAUGGCCUUCUAAAGAGUAGGAAAGCAGUGUUGCCUUCUGAGAUCCACCACAGCGAGAGGAGCAUCCAGGAUCAUCAGGAAAGAAAGCUGAAAGAGGAGGUAGGGACAUCGAGGGGAGGCCAGAUAAGGGAGGAUAAAGAUCCUGCAAAAGAACAACACAGAUUCAUAAUCAGAAAUUCAUGGGGCAAUACACCUGAAGUGCCCAGAUGCAGAGAGCAGUCCACUCACCUCCACCCAGCGAACAGCAAGCUCAAAGAGGAUGACAAUACCAUCCACAGAGUGGUGGCCGCUACCCAUUUCCAGCCUAAUCCAACUCAUGUCAUGAUAACAGGAAACUCCAUGUCCAGUAUUCCCAUGAGCCACACUGUGUCACAAACAGGACCUUUACAGUGGACUGUUCCAAGCUGUACUGAGGGUCCCAGAGAGGUUGGAGGAAUUGAAGGUGCCCAGAUAUCCACGGAAAUAUUCAGUAAUGGACUGAGUCUCCAGGACCACCGAGUUCCUGUGGCCCACCUCAGACAUGCCUUUGUGGAAGGCCCAAGCACCACCGGUGCAAACUUAAAGCUCAGUGAGGUUGACGGGGAGAGGGCCAACGUGGGCUACACAGCCCCAUGGAGAGUAAAGAGGGACAGGGCACGCAGGCCCGUACAAAGCAUCAGUGCUGGAGACAGCAGCAUAUCCUCAGAGAGGAUGAGGACACGGUCCAUCACUGCUGCAGAGUGCAAUGGGACUGAUAGGUCAUGUGGAAGUUCAGAGGUUGUUUCCACUCAAGCUGAUGAGGAGAAACUGGAUGAGCUGGCCAAACUGAGUGUUGCCGCAAAGCGCUCGCUGUUCAGGGAACUUGAGAAGAAUGCUGGCGACAGAUUCCAUAAACUGCCAUCUCGGAAUGCAGCUGUGGACAGGAGAAGAAGAUGGGCACAAGACCGAUCCAGAACUCAGCCAGUUACCACUGAGGAGGUGGUUGUCGCUGCCACACUUCAGAGUUCUUUACAGCAAAACAGUGGGACCCAAAACAAACAAGAUUCUCAGGAGGCCCAGGGUUCUAAGCCAAAACUCACAAUGGAGGUCAAAGUCCAGAACCAGUGUACAGGUCAAGAAGAGCCUGACGUUUGCACUCUCAGUCUAGCAGAAAAGAUGGCACUUUUCAACCAACUGGCUCAGCCUCCCAUCAGGGUUACCCAAGCCAAAGGGAAUACACGCCAGCGGCGGGUCAACACUCGCUACCAGACCCAACCUGUCACACUGGGAGAUUUGAAGCAGGAGUCCUCAGACACAGACAUCAGUGAUGAGCAAGAGCUAUGUCUCAGCCCAAUAGAGCACCAGCAACUUCACAAUGGAGCAGGCUCCCAGUAUGGAUCAACAUCAUCCUCUUCUCUGAGACCAGGAGACACCUUUUCCAAGGACCAUGCUGGAGACAUCCAAAUAAUCAGGGACAAAACCCAGGUAGCGUUCAUCCCAUCUUCCAAUGGUAGGUUUCUUCAUCCAGGCUCCCAAAAACAACCUGCAGACAGCUGGAUGAUCCAGGACUCAAUGGACCAUAAGUGGCAGCAUCAUGAGAAUGUCUGUCUUGAAGAAGAAAUGGAUAUAGGAGGAGGACAAAGGAAAUACCGCUCUCCUGAGGGGACAGCCAAGCUGGCUACUAAGACACAGUUCCAGAGUGGAAAAGAUAGCAGAGAAGACAAAAGACUGACAAGAUGGAGGCAAGAUGGAGACUUGGAGAGCACAGACAAUCAUAUUCUCCUCGAGAGUCAGGAGCAGAAGAGGGAUCUGAGAGAACAAUAUGAUCCAGAAAGCCAGAAGAGCAAAGCUUUCAAUGGAGAGCUACAGAAAGUCUGUGUGUUCACAGCCAAGCCAGCGUCUGGCUCAGCCAGGAGUCUGUGUGAACUUCCAGCAGAUGACAACGAACCAACAACCAGUCUGGUUCAGCUUGAGAGGCUGAGUGACACAGUGAUGGCCAGACGCAUGUCCAUCAAAGAGAGAGUGGCCUUGUUGAAGAAGAGUGGUGAAGAGGAUUGGAGGAACCGAAUCAAGAAGCAGGAAAUGGUAAAGGUGGUUGAAGGUCACCAGCAUGCUCAUCUCUGGGAGGUGGAGCAGAGCAUCUGGAAGAAGAGAAUACCUGAUGAUGCAAUAGAUUUCCAGCCGGCUGAGGGUCAUGUGUCCAUCCAGAAGAGAAAACAGCUGAGAGAAGCCAGAGAGGUGGUGUGGAAGAACAAACGCCAACAAGCUGCCGGUGACUCCAUCCAGUUAACUGCAGCUGGUCACGAUAUGAACAAAGAGUACAAGGCUGCUCUAGAGCUGAACCAAGAGACAGAGGGUAAACUGGACGCAGAGUCAUUCCAAUUGAAACUCAAUCAAGCAUCAUCAUACAGCUCCAUGGUGUCUGCACAGCCAGAAACUACAAUUACAGCAACAGAAAAGAAAUUUAAUGGACUGGAAACUUUCAUUGACAAAACCUCCAAAGUCUUUUGCCAUGUGGACAAGCUGAACCCUAUCAGCCACAAGACGGACACAGAUGACUUUGAUACCAUCUUUGGACCUCAGAUGCCAAAGCUGGCCUCAGAGAUGGUGCAUCACAAGCGAGCGGUGCGACCGGCACGUAAUGUCCAGGCUUCCAGGAACCCUCUGAAAAUGCUGGCUGCCAGAAAAGAUAUCAGACAUGAAUACACAGAGCAGAGAUUCAACAUGGGCCUGAGGACAACUGAGCAACUGAGUCACACGUCUGGUUUCUCUGAGCCACCUCUGACUGGUAAGAAGAAUUUCAGCAAUUUCAGUCAGGGCAGCAUCAAUUUUUCAGAGCAGAUGUCCCAUAACAGCGCUGUACCGUAUAAGAAGCUCAUGCUCCUCCAGGUCAAAGGUAAACGACACAUUCAGACCAGACUGGUGGAGCCCAGAGCGUCGUCCUUGAACAGCGGGGAUUGUUUCCUGCUCAUCACACCACACCACUGCUUCAUUUGGAUUGGAGAGUUUGCCAACAAGGCCGAAAAGACUAAGGCUACAGAGCUGGCGAACUUUAUCCAGAGCAAGAGGGACCUGGGUUGCUGUGCUAGUGACGUGCAUGUCAUUGAUGAAGGCAUCAACAUGCAGAGCCCCAUUGCCAAGGAGUUCUGGAGGAUUCUGGGAGGGCAGACAAGUUAUCAUUCAGUCGUAACUUCAGACAUAGAUGAGCUGUACGAGAGUGCCAUUGCGGAAACAAAUUGUAUUUACCAUCUGAGUGAUGACAAACUGGUUCCAGAUGAUGAAUUUUGGGCCAAGAUACCUAGCUGUUCCCUGUUUAACCACAAGGAGGUUUUGGUCUUCGACUUUGGCAGUGAGAUGUACAUAUGGCAUGGGAAAGAAGUGACACUGGCACAAAGGAAAGCGGCAUUUCAGCUGGCCAAGUACCUGUGGAAUGGAACUUUUGACUACACAAACUGUGGCAUCAAUCCUCUGGACCCCGGGGAAAGCAACCCACUCAUACCAAAGAAAGGUCAGGGUCGACCUGACUGGGCUAUUUUCGGCAGGCUCACUCAACACAAUGAAACCUCCCUCUUCAAAGAAAAGUUCCUGGACUGGAAAACAUCCAUUCCCACUAACGACAGUAAUGACAGCAUCUAUGAUGAAAAGACGCAGUCCUCCUCAGAUCCACCCUGUAUGUAUCAAAGCUUGGGGAUGCUACCGCUCCACCAGUCCCCUGCCGACACCAUACUGGAAGGACUAAAUGUGGGGCGGGGUUACGGCGUGGUGGAGGACGAGCAGAGGUGUAUGUAUGAAAUCAGCACGAUGACAGUGGAGGCAUGGCACAUUCUACAGUUUGAUUACAGCCGUCUGCCACGUCAGAGCAUCGGUCAGUUCCAUGAGGGUGACACCUAUGUGGUGAAGUGGAAGUACACCAUCAACUCUGCAGUUGGAAGGAGGAACAGCUUAGAUGAGCUGAGCACCUUGACUGAUGGAUCAGAGAGAUACUGUUACUUCUUCUGGCAAGGCCGGUACUCCACCAUCAGUGACAACGUGGCAUCAGCACUUAUGAAGACUGAGCUCGAUGUGGAGCGGGGAGCUGAGGUUCAGGUCCAACAGGGCAAAGAGCCUCCAAGUUUUCUGCAGUGCUUCAGAGGAGGGAUGGUCAUCCACUCUGGGAAGAGAGAAGAGGAGGAAAACUCACAGAAAGACUGGCAUCUGUACUGUGUGCGUGGGGAGGCGGAGGUGGAGGGCCACCUGCUGGAGGUUGCCCUUCAUUGCAGCAGCCUGCGGUCGAGGGUCUCGAUGGUGUUGCUGAGUGUCACCAGAGCCCUAGUCUACCUGUGGCAUGGCUGCAAGUCACAGAACCACACACAAGAGGUGGGACGCAUCACCGCCAACAUGAUCAAAGAAAACUGUCCUCUGGAAACAGGCCUCCACAGCAGCUGCAGAGUCACUAUCUGGGAAUGCAAUGAGGGAGCAGAGCCCAAAGGAUUCUGGGAAGCUUUCGGGAAACGAGACAGGAAAGCGUAUGACUGCAUGCUGCAAGAUAUAGGGAGGUUUAACUUCACACCACGCCUGUAUCAGCUCUGCCGAUGUUCAGGAGAAUUUAUAGCUGUGGAGUUUCUCUACCCAGCCAGAAACCCAAAGCUUGUCAACUCGAUGCCUUUCCUACAGGAAGACCUCCACACAGCAUCGCAGCCAGCUUUGUUCCUGGUCGACAACCACCAUGAGGUGUACCUGUGGCAGGGCUGGUGGCCUCAGGACAGUAAUAAGACCAGUUCAGCCCAGAUUGCCUGGGACUCAGACAGAAAGUGUGCCAUGGAGACUGCACUGCAGUACAGCACAGAAAAGAAUGAGAAAAAUCCACCUAAAGCAUAUUUAAUCCAUGCUGGUCUGGAGCCUCUGACCUUCACUAACAUGUUUCCCAGCUGGGAGCACAGAGAGGACAUCGCUGAGAUCACUGAGAGGGAAGCUGAGGUAUGUGACCACAUUAUUCUGGUGGAGGAUGUGUUGGCCCGGCUGUGUAAAACCAUGUCCUGUCUAGCAGAUCUGGUAGCCUCUUCACCGGUCUGAUGAAGACUUGCAGGUGAAUGUUUCAUUCCACAGAAAUGGCCAGAGAGCACUAUGGGGGUUUACCUGGCUGGAAGCAGGUGAACUUCAAGAAAGCCAAAAGAGUUUUCUCAGAUAGUUGGCACCAAAGCGACGGCAUCAGAUGUGGAGAACAGUCACAACCAGUGCUCUAAACAAAGACUCAGGAAUGGCCUCUACUGAGUAAAUCCAACAAUGGGAGGUUUAUGGAAAAACAAGGACGAGGUGGCGUGUGAACGUGUUCAGUGCCCAAGAGGGGUUGAAGCUCCUUGUGGUUAGGUUUCACUUUUUAGUUUAUUUUUAUUAUUUUAUUUGCCUGUAAAUCUGUCAUCUACUGGAAUGGGAGCAGGUCUGCCUACCUGUUUGUUAUUACCCCCCCCCCCCACCACCCUGCCACACACAGACUCUCUGCUUGUGUUAUUGCCCCAAGUGUGUAGGUUUAUUCAGUGCAGUAUUUUACAUUUUUAGGACAUGCAUAUCAGAUUUUUUAAAUGACUUAUAGAAUUUUAAAUGAACUUAAAAUAUAAAUUGUCAUGUUGAGGUGUUUAUGACAUUGACAAAUACAGCAUCAGAGAAGUGGACAUAUUUCAUGCUCCAGCUUGUUUUACAGUGAAAAGGAAGCAGCAGCACUGUGACAGUGGCCACGGCACAUUUUUGUUCUUCCAAGUCUGGGUUGAACUUUAUUCAUGGAAAUUCUUAACAGUUAUAACUAAAAGCAAUAAUAAAAAAUAAUCACAAUGAUGAGGAAACCUUGACUUGUCUACCUUAUGUGCUCUCAUCAGUCCUUUGAGGACAAAGUUUUUUCUUCCACCACCAAUCCCAACCUGUCAAACAGUACACCUGUGGAAACCUUUCCAAACUGCUUCCACAGUGCUGGUACAAGCUUAUUCCGAUGGAAUGCUGAGGCCUUAAAUCCUGUUUUGCUGCAGAACCUUAUCACCUUCACUAUUUGCCUUUUACAACUAAUGCAGAUUCUUUUUGGAUGCAUCUACCAUAAUUUCCGGACUAUAGAGCGCACCUGAAUAUUAUCUGCACCCGCCAAUUUUAAAAAGAAAAAUGAAACUGUACAUAAAUAGGCCGCACUUGUCUAUAAGCCGCGGGUCUCCACGUUGUAACAUGAGAUAUUUGCACAGAAAGAUGUUAGACAAAGAUUAUUCAACUUUUAAUUAAAUACGUACCGUAAAUGCUUUUUUUCCCUGAAGCGUUACAUGUAAAUAUUAAAGCACACGUCAUCCAGCACACGUGCACGGGGUGUCUCUGCUCCACACGGACAACUGAGUAAUUUUAACUUUUUCUUGAGAUUUCAUCGCGUGCAGCCAGGAUCACAUGGAGUCGUUAAUGAUGCUCUGACUUUUUUGACUUGUUGCACCAAGACAGAGAACCGGUGUGGAAGGGUGGGAAGGCUCCGUUCCUGAUCUGACGGUGCAACUCUUGCGUCAGAGAGGGACUUUUCUUCAUUAAAACAAACAGGUAAGACCUUAUAUUUACACUGUGUGUGAAUUUACACCGCAUGAGGAGCGCAGCUUUCAGGAAAUCACUUAACAGCAUCAAUUGAUGUAUUUGGACUUAUGAAAAAGCCUGUAAAAAUUCAUAAAUUAGCCACAUCACUGUAAAAGCUGCGGUGUUAAAAGCGUGUGAAAAAAGUAGUGGCUAAUAGUCCGGAAAUUACGGUAGCUUUGUCCUUUAAAGUGCAGAAAUAGAAGAAAUAAAGAUGAACAGGUGUGAUUUAGGUGAAAGAUGGUUUUAUUUUACAAUGUAUUAUAGUGUCUUGCUUCUGUGUACAGUUUGUAUACUGAUACCAUUCUACAUUAUUCAAGAUUGUGAAAAUGUGAAGUGCUACAGAAAUAAACCUGAAAGUUGUGCAUCA